AUGAAGAAUCUUUCUAUAGUAUAUUGCAAAGUAUUGUCAAUAUUUCCCUCUUUAGAAGCAGCUAGGCCUAGGAGUAAAACCGGAAUUCGGGCAUUAUGUUCAUUGCAUGUGGCCUUGGAGAAAGCCAAGAAUGUUCUCCAUCAUUGCUCAGUGUGCAGUAAACUUUACCUGGCUGUAAUUGGGGACUCCGUUCUCCUAAAAUUUGAGAAGGUUAAAUGUGCUCUUGAAGAUAGUCUUAGGCGGGUGGAAGAUAUUGUUCCACAAUCCAUUGGAUAUCAGGUUCAGGAGAUUGUGAAUGAAUUUGCAAGUGUGGAAUUUGCACUUGACCCCUUAGAGAAGCAAGUUGGUGAUGAUCUAAUUACAUUGCUCCAGCAGGGCAAGAAGUUUGACGAAGAUAGUGAAAGUUAUGAGCUUGAAUCUUUUCACCAGGCUGCUACUAGACUUGGAAUCACAUCUUCAAGAGCAGCUCUUGCUGAAAGAAGAGCUCUCAAGAAACUUAUAGACAAGGCUCGGGCUGAGGAGGACAAACGAAAGGAAUCAAUUGUUGCAUAUCUUUUGCAUCUUAUGAGGAAGUACUCCAAGUUAUUCAGAAAUGAGUUUUCAGACGAUACUGAUUCUCAGGGUUCUGGUCCUUGUUCUCCCACUGUUCAGGGGUCUAAUGAGGACGGUGUUCCCGUUUCUCAUAAUCAGGCUUUUGGCAGACAGCUUUCAAAACUUAGUUCCUUUAGUUUCACGCCAAAUAAUAAUAUGGAGCCGGGGCAGAUGGCUCUACCACCUGAGGAGUUAAGGUGUCCAAUAUAUCUGCAGCUUAUGUAUGAUCCAAUUAUUAUUGCUUCGGGGCAAACAUAUGAAAGAGUUUGCAUAGAGAAAUGGUUCAGUGAUGGGCAUAACAACUGCCCAAAGACCCAACAGAAUCUUCCACAUCUUUGCUUGACUCCUAAUUACUGUGUUAAGGGUCUUGUUGCUAGUUGGUGCGAACAAAAUGGAAUUCCUAUUCCCGAAGGCCCUCCUGAGUCUCUUGAUCUUAACUAUUGGAGAUUGGUAAUAUCAGAGUCUGAGUCUGCAAAUUCAAGAUCUGUAAAUAGUGUCAACUCUUGCAAACUGAAGGGUGUCAGAGUGGUUCCUGUAGAAGAGAGUUGUAACUCAAAGGAAUAUGGGGAAAAUGAAGCUGAAAGUGUAUCUGCACAAGAGGAAGACACCGAGCAGUAUCUUAAUUUUCUGAAAGUCUUGACUGAGGAGAACAAUUGGAAGGGGAAAUAUGAAGUGGUAGAUAAGUUAAGGCUGUUGCUGAGGGAUGAUGAAGAAGCUAGGAUUCUUAUGGGGGCUAAUGGGUUUGUUGAAGCACUUGUUCUGUUUUUACAAUCGGCUUUACAUGAAAGGAAUUUGAUGGCUCAGGAAAGCGGAGCAAUGGCUCUUUUCAACAUAGCUGUGAAUAAUGACAGGUCUGCAUUAUCAUCUGUAGUUUUUAUUAUUUUGAAUCAUUAUGUAGAAAUUCUUUUCAUGUUGUUGCAACAAGGUAAUUUUCAGUUUCAGCUUUUGAAUAAUUCUAUAUUCUCAUAA